AUGGAGAAGGAACUGUGUGUAUUCAGCCAAACAAUAGAAGAUAACAGAGACAGGUUGGAAUUAGACAGAAACAGAGAACGAGUGGAAGCAAUGAACAGUGAAUCAAUCAUUGCUGAGCAUCGUUACAACGGGGAUAUUGAAAAAGGCACUUUUAAAACUGUAGAACAACUACACAUGGGUGAAAUGAACGUAAAAUGUAAACAUUGCAAUGCAGAAAGGUUCAAAUAUGAAACAGGAAGGGUGGCAAAUAAUUGCUGUCACGGAGGAAAAAUAUUAUUACCACCAUUAACGGAAUAUCCUGAUGUACUUCAACGUCUGCGAGAAGGGAAUGACGAAGUAUCAAGACACUUCAGACAACAUAUACGAUCAUAUAAUGACGCGUUUGCGUUUGCAUCAUUUAAUUGUACCGUGGCAGAUAUGGGGAAUUCAGGACCAUAUGUGAUGAAAAUAAUCGGGGAUGUGAGUUACAAAAUAUCUACAAGUUUAGAGACCGCAAACAAUAACCGACCGAGAUAUGGACAAAUUUACAUCUACGACGUACAAACUCAGCUAGCGCUGAGAGAAAAUGAUGCAAGAAGAGCAAAUCUGUUAGAAAUUAUUGGUAGACUGAUAAUAGAUAUCAAUCCUUAUGCAGCAAAUUUUAAAACAACGUACGAGCGAUUUGUUAAGGGAGAAAGCCUGGUGAGAUUAAACUUUAUAGCACUCAAGGAAGACGAUAGACGGCGGUACAAUGCGCCAACUUGUGGUGAGCUAGCAGCUCUGAUCGUUUCAGAUGACGGGGCAGUAUCUGAAAAUAUAGAAGUACAAGUAUUUCCAAAACAAGACCGUGCAGUUGGAUAUGUGCCGAGAUAUUCGCAUCACGUUGAUCCAAUGACUUUUCCAUUACUAUUUCCGAGCGGUGAUUUAGGAUGGAGCUAUAAUAUGAAACACGUAGGAACAAACAAGGAAAUCUCUCCUGUUCAAUAUUAUGGACAUCGAUUGGCCUUACGUCGAGGCGAAGCACAGAAUCAGUUGUUGCGGAGCGGACGAUUGACACAACACUAUGUGAUUCACGCAUAUCUCACAAUUGAAUCGCAGCGUUUAUUGUUUUUAAGAAAUAAUCAGAAGCAAUUGCGUGUAGAAUGUUACAAAGGAAUGACUGAUCACAUAUCAAAUAGUGAAGCGAAUACGUCGGAUCGAACAAGACUUGGGAACCAAAUGAUUUUACCAUCAUCAUUUUCCGGCAGCAUGCGACAUAUGCAACAGCAGUACCAAGAUGCAAUGGCAAUAACAAGGAAAGUUGGACGACCGGAUUUAUUUAUUACAAUGACAUGUAAUCCUAAGUGGCCGGAAAUAUGUACGGUAUUGAAAGAUUUUCCUACAGGUACCACUGUAAAUGACAUUCCAACAAUAGCUUGUCGAAUAUUCAACAUGCGGCUACAACAGGCACUAAAGGAAAUCGAAAGCGGUUCAGUAUUUGGAAAGAUUGAAGGAUACGUUGUAAGCUCGUUGAAAAGUUUGUUAAUUAUUGAAAAAUAA